UUAAGCAGUUAGUGUGUGAACAGCAUUGAUGUUUAGUUUCUUGCAUAGAUACAGGUGUAGGCUCAACACCUGCGCCCAAUUUGCAACAGUUUUUGGAAUACCGAAACCUGAAAUCGAAGGAAAGAACGAACUUUUCCUUGGGAAAGAAAGGAGGAAGCAAACACGAGCAGAAGAAAGUACAGAUUAAUAUCGGUAUAAUGUGUCUACAGAGUGGCUACUUAAAACCACAACGUGGGAAAACACUCCCCUUAUUCAUGGACCCACAAAUAACUGCGAAUGGUCUCCUCAUGAUGGCUGAAAAAAAAAUGAAAGACUUCAAUAAAGACAUGGAGGAAGGACCCUACAUACUUCUGUACCCCGAUGGCUCUGAAGUCAUUAAUAUUCCAGGGACACAAAGGCCCUUUACACUAAAAUAUUACAAAACAGAAAUUGGAAAGCAAUAUUCAAGGAUAAACUUGUUUAUUUGCAGACAGAAAGACUUUAUAGAACAGGUUCUCAGUUCAGAAUCUGACUCCGAAGUUGUCAUAAAAACCCGGAAAACUGAUGAAUCUAGCCUGGCUGACACACUGCCAAUAAUACCUCAGCAUACAAGCACGCCACAAGACAGCAUGAACAGUAAAAUUGAUUCUACCGUGGAACCGUCUCAAGGAAGUGGACAAGGACAUGUAGAAGAGAUAAUGCUCUCAGACUCAGAGGAUGACCGUCCAGGUACUUCCGCCCAUGUUGCGACGCAGAACUGGUGUUACAGAAAAUACAUGGAGGUGUAUGCGCCUGUGACUACUGAAGAAGACGAUGAGCUUUUAAUCACAGCACACGGUCUUGACCUCCCAGUACCAAUAGAGGAACAAAACAGUGUAACAGCUCCUGAUAUUAUUUCAAAUCUGGCCCUUGUUAUUGAUCGAAAAAGUGUCAGCAGAUUCAACAUAACGAGAUCCAAUGUGUGGGAUGGGGCAGUCAGAGGAUUUAAACGCGUCUCAUACUCGGAAUUCAAUGACAUGUUUGUGAAGUUCUCUGAUGAUGCUGGCUUGUUGGAAGAGGGUCUUGAUACAGGGGGACCAAGAAGGGAACUUCUCACUUUACUAAUGAGCUGCCUGCAGAAUCGGCCCAUUUUUGAUGGACCUCCCAAUAGACGCUACCUGGUAUACAAUUCAGUUGAUUCAGAUUGCAACUACUUUGGAGUCACUACAAGAACUAAUCUUGAAAAACAGCACGCUGCUCCAAAGUGCUGGGUGUUUUCGAUGCGUGAAGAGCAUUGAGGAGAAACACACAAUUGUGGAAGAAUACGUCAGGUGGUAUGUGAUAGACAGAAACCACAGUGUUAUUAAAAGAUUUAAAGAUGGACUUGCCACACUGCUGUUUCUGACAGCACUUAAGCAGCAUCCAAGUGUUUUGGCUUCUUACCUCUGCCACACUGACAAGAAGCUGACAGCGACCGAUUUGGAAAGCCUCUUCAAAGCAGAACUCAGCCCAGUGGGUAGUAACCAGAGGCAAGAGGAAUCCAAGAUGCUUUGCUUUUGGUCAGACUAUCUCCUAGACUGUAAAGGUUUGUUAUUUGUAGUUUAACAAACAAUGUUCUGUUUUCGGUUAAUUUCAGAAAUCUUUAGAUCAAUAGUUCACCCAAAAAUAAAAAUG